AUGGAACCGCGAAUAAACUUAAAACGGUGGCUGCAUUUUUUAUUGUUUAGCCUUUUUUUUGGUAUUUCGUUUGGAGAGGUCCGUUACGUCCUUCCAGAGGAGAUGCAGCGGGGAUCGGUUAUUGGAAAUGUUGCGCGGGAUCUGGGGCUGCAAGUGAGGGAGCUUAAUUCUCGUCGUGCCCUUGUUGUUGCAGAAGGAACCAACCAGCUGUGUGAACUGGACACUGUGUCGGGCAAUCUUUUGAUCAGCCAACGAAUAAACCGAGAGGAGCUCUGCACGCAAGCCAGUGUCUGCAUCAUACAGCAUCAGCUCUUACUUGAAGAUCCCCUUCAAGCAUACAGCCUGGUUUUAGAUAUUGAAGACAUAAAUGACAACAGCCCAGUGUUCGCUGCGAGGGAGAUACAACUAGAUUUAGUCGAAUCCACUGUCCUGGGCAGGCGCUUUCCGUUGGAGAGCGCGCACGACCCCGAUCUGGGCAUGAACUCUGUCCGUGAAUAUAAACUGAGCCCAAAUGAUCAUUUUGCGCUGGAAAUGAGAACCCAAAUAAACGGCAAUGCUUAUCCAGAAUUGGUUCUUAAAAAGCCCCUGGACCGGGAGGCACAAGCUGAACAUGUACUGAAAAUCAUUGGAAUCGAUGGGGGAAAUCCAGUCAGAUCAGGAACUGCCUCUAUACACGUCCGUGUUUUGGACGCCAAUGAUAAUGUCCCAGUUUUUAGCCAGCGAGUUUACAAAGCAUCUGUGCCAGAGAACUCUGCUAUAGGGACUGUGAUAGCAACGCUAAAUGCCACAGACUUAGAUGAAGGUGUUUAUGGAGAGGUAACAUACUCUUUCACUCACCUGUCAGACAAAAUGGGAGGAGUUGUUGAAAUGAACCCUGUAAGCGGAGAAGUUCGGGUGGCAGGUGUCAUAGACUAUGAAGAGGCCAGUACACACGAGCUGGAUGUCCAAGCUAAAGAUGGCGGUGGUCAGUCCUCUCACUGUAAACUUAUAAUUGACGUUAUUGACGUAAAUGACAAUAAACCAGUCAUAGAAAUAAAGUCAGCAUCUGCUAACGUGGCUGAAGACUGUAGACCAGGAACCAUGGUUGCACUGAUUAAUAUUUAUGACUUGGACACUGGAAGUAGUGGGCGCGUCAGUUGUACAAUUUCAGACCAUGUUCCAUUUAAAAUUGUAUCAGAGGUAAAAAACUAUUACAUGCUAGUGACUGAUGAAGUACUAGACAGAGAACUUCAUCCGGAGUAUAACAUCACAGUUACUGCCACUGAUGCGGGUUCUCCCUCACUCUCCAGUGUCAAAGUUUUAACAAUCUUGGUCAGUGAUAUAAAUGACAACACCCCGACUUUUACACAGAGCGAGUACAAUGCCAACAUUUUGGAAAACCAACCCGUUGGCACGUUUGUGAUGAAAGUGAAAGCUGAGGACAAUGAUGACGCAUCUAAUGCUAAACUACUGUACCAAAUAUCGAGGGACACAAACUCAGAAGUGUCCUCUUUUCUUACCAUCAACUCAGAAACAGGGGAGCUCUUCACAUCGCGAUUCUUCGAUUACGAACAGUCAGUCCACUUCCAAAUCAAAGUGACGGCUCAAGACGGAGGGGGGCCUCCACUCUCCACUACCUGCACUGUAAACGUUUUCAUUAAGGACCAAAAUGACAAUGCACCUGUCGUCUUAUAUCCUGUCCAAACCACCGGGUUCAUUGCUGAGGAUAUGGUGCCACUUGAAGCGCCCAGAGGUUACUUGGUUACUAAGGUGGUAGCCGUGGACGCAGACUCUGGCCAUAACGCUUGGCUUUCAUACAGAAUAAUCAAAGCAACACGACCUGACCUGUUUAUGGUAGGUCUGCAUACUGGAGAAAUCAGAACUGUGCGAACAUUCAUGGUCGACGAUGAACCAAAGCAAACUGUUGUGGUUUUAGUAACGGAUAACGGGCCCGAAACUCUCUCUGCAUCUGCCACAGUCAGCAUACUAAUUGGCGACGGGCUGCCAAUCUUACACGAACUCUUUGAGUUUGCAGAUGAAUCACAGGACAACGAUAACUUAACACUAUACUUGAUUGUUGCUUUGUUAACCGUUUCUUGUCUUUUCAUCCUUUUAAUAAGCGGAGUGUUUUAUUUCAAGCUGUGUCGUCGUAGUUAUGUUUACCGUUCAACCACUGAUAGUCUCCCCGUUUUCCCCACGACAUACUGCCCCUCUAGUUUCGCAGAUUUAAGCCGUUGUGGGACCUUGCUAAAAGAUGAGCGGUAUGAUUCAUUUUUGACCACUGGCUCGUGGAGGGGCGAUUUUCGUUUCGGCACAAACACAGACACGGACACAUUGAAGAAAAGGAGUGCAGCCUACCAAAAAAAUACUCUAAGGCGCCCCAGUACAGACAGAUCUAGUCUGAAAGUGAGGGCAGGUGCACCACAUCCUUGUUAUGUGGUGACAUGA